CUCCUCCCAAGUAGUGAUUACCCAAUGGCCUUCAACAUCUCUAUAUAAAGGCAGCUGACUUGUGGUAAAUACAACAGAAUCCAGCAGAUCAGUUGAAUUCUUACUGCCGCUCUACCAGUCACUGUCAGCAGACACUUACCCACGAUGGCCAAAUACAUCUCACAAGUCGAUGUGUCCCUUGAUGAAGCUGAUGAGCAAAAGCUCCAACACCAAGGCUUCAACAAAAUCAAUGUUGAUCUGAACAAAGGUGUAGGGGGAAAGCACAUCUACAUUUGGUACAAACGUGGGUCAGUACCAAUCACCAAGCUCCAAUUUACAUUCACCGAUGACAUGGCUGUUGGAUUGAUCAAUGCAGGGUACACAAAGAUCCCUAAAGAUCUCAAUGCUGGAGCAGAAGGUGACUUCAUCUACCUUUGGUACUUCAGAGGGUCCGGAGAGUACAAUACUCCCAUAGUGGACAUUGAUGUCACAACAGAUUUAAAUAGUGAAGCCCUGAAAUUUGAGAAUGACUGGGAAAGAUUGGCCUGUAAUCUGAACCGCAAUUCUGGAGGGAACUGGAUCCACGCCUGGGUGAAGAGGGAGAAAAAAACCUACAUCUGUGAUGUCACUGCCACUGAUUCCUACGGGUCAGAUCACGACCACUUUAAGAAUGGUUACAUCCGUGUGGAUGAAGAUACUAACAAGGGUGCAGGAGGAUCCUUUGUCUUCAUCUGGUAUCGUCAGACCACCGACUCCCAGCGUGCACUCAGUGAUCUGAAUGUCUCCACUGAUGAUAGCGAGUAUCAGACCCUUCAGCAGCAAAAUUAUAUGCCAGUGAGUGUUAACCUGAACGAGGGGACUGGCGGGAAACCGGUGUUCCUGUGGUACAAGAAAGACCAAGUCCACAAUCCCAUUAAGGCCAUCACCCUGCUUCUCAACAUAGCUGCUGUCCCAGUGUACAAGAAGGCUGGUGUCACUGUUAUUGAAAGAAAUCUCAACAAAGGCACUUCAGGCAGCACUGAGUACGUGUGUUUCUAUCAGUGAAAGCCUGAGAAUUCUCAACACUCACUGAAGUGAAAAGCAAUGUCCAACAAUAUUGUUAAAUCAUUUUGGUCAUUGCCUCUUUAAAUUUGUUUCUUAUCUUUUGCUAUACAAAACAAUGUGAUUAAUUAUAUUACAGUAUAACUACUGGUAAUUAUAACUUGCUGUCAAUGAAAUCAAACCAUUUUAAAUAUAAACAUUUAUUUCCUGAUUUUCAACAACAAUGUUAAUGAAUGAUUGGAUAAUAAGGCUCUGUAUCACUUUAUUCUGCAUAUUUCCUGCUUUUUAAUAAAGACAACUUGGCAUUUAAA